UGCCUUUUCGAGUACCUUUGUCCUGAAGCUGUAAAGAUGCUGCACAUGACAGACGUUUUGGAUAUCUUGAAGAAUCCCCAGCUCCUCCGUCUACAUGAUCAAGAAGAGAAUCCAGAAACCAUCCCCAUAAGAAAUUCAGGGGUUCUGAAAGUUUCUCAUCAGAAGUUUAGGGAUUUUCAAUAUCUUUCAGUGACGGGACCUCACCAAGCUGUGAGCCAAAUCCAGGAGCUCUGCCGGCAAUGGCUACAGCCGGAGACCCACACCAAGGAGCAGAUGAUGGAGCAGCUGGUGCUGGAGCAGUUUCUGAACACGCUACCGGAGGAAGUCCGGAGCUGGGUGAGGUCCAAAAAGCCCAAGAACAGCAAGGAGGCAGGAAGCCUGGUGGCCAGUUUGAUCCAAGCAUGUGGGGAGAAAGGUUUCUCUCCUCAGGACUUUGUCCUUGCAGAAGAGAGGAACACCAAAGAACACCAAAAGGACACAGAGAUGUCUGACAGUCUCUCAUCUGCUGGAUCCCAGGAGUUGGUGACUUUCCAGGAUGUGGUUGUGGACUUCAGUCCAGAGGAAUUAACCUACCUUAGUGCUGCUCAGAGGAAUCUCUACCGGGAGGUGAUGCUGGAGAAUUACAGGAACCUGGUCUCCUUAGGGUACCGGUUCUCUAAACCCGACAUUAUCUCACAGCUGGAAGAAGAAGAGUCACGUGUGAGGGAAGAAGACAGCAAUACAGAGCUAUGUCAAGGAGAGCCUUCUGAUGACCCAUCAGAUUCAUGCCAGGUCAACCAGGAGAAACCUUUGAGUCCUGUAACAAUGGGUGAGCCCAAGUCCCCCGCUCAAGAAAGAAGCCACGACAGUGAUGAUUCUGAGAGCAGCUCAGAUCUUACUAAACAAUCAGAUGGCCCUCCAGGAAAGGAUCCCCAGGAACGUGCUACUCCUGGAGUUUGCACCAGUUCCCAGCCAGUGGAUGACGAGCCUUUCCUCCAAGAGAACAGAUGUGGAUUUUGUGAAAGAACUUUUCUUACCCAGACAGCUCGUGAGAGACAUGAGCAGAUCCAUACUGGGAAGAAACCCUUUGAAUGUAAACAAUGUGGAGAAGCCUUCUACCUCAUGCCACACCUCACCAGACAUCAGAGGACUCAUUCCAGCGAGAAGUCCUUUGGAUGCGAUGAAGGUAGAAAACCCUUCAUCCAGCAUGCAGAUAUCUGUGGCCGUGUAAGAAUUCAUAGCCAGGAAGACUACUAUGAAUGUUUCCAGUGUGGCAGAGCCUUUAUCCAGGAUGUGCAUCUUUUUCAACAUCUCAAAGCCCACGAGGCAGCAAAAGCCCUUCCACCUGUGUUGCCCCGCAUUAAGACGUACUUAAUUCGCUAUCAGAGAAAACAUGACUAUGUUGGAGAGAGAGCCUGCCAGUGUUGUGACUGUGGCAAAGCCUUCAGUCGGAGUUCACAUCUCAUGCAACACUAUCGAAUUCAUGCUCAAGAGAGGCCUUACCAGUGUCAGCUCUGCGGGAGGUGUUUCAGCCGACCUUCAUACCUCACUCAACAUUAUCAACUGCAUUCUCAAAUGAAACCUGAUGAGUGCAGUUAUUACUGAAAACCUCCAGUCAGAGAACAUUCUCGACAUCUUUGGCUCCAUUGUGGAGAGAGUCCCUCUGAGUGCUGUGAAUGUGAGAAGACCUUCCACCAGCCCUCACAACUUAGUAACUUGAAAACUCAUCAUGAUGUGAUAAAGAGAAAUGACGAAUGGUUGCAAGGGUAUAGCACAAUCUUUUUGCAAAAGAAGAUUCAGCACAUGUGUCAGUAGUCAAAAUCCUUAUAAAGAACAUUUUUGUUGCAUAGGAAAGAAGUUAAUAGAUUUUGCCUUUCUUUGGUGGUAUUCAUGGAAUGGGAAACUUUCAUCUUGACCACGCUGACAAAACAUUUGUGACUGGCAGUUGGACUCCAGACAGACAAUCUGUUCUCAAGUUUUUCUAGAAGUGUUUACAUAUAGUAUCUUCACCACGUGGGAUGUGUCAACACAGAGCACACUAGAAAGAUUUUCAAGGUGUCCUGAUACUGAUUCAUCCGCAAAGCCUGUUGUAAUUGGUA